UCCUUGCUUACGAAUACAAGAGUAGCAAAGCGCGUCGUUCCUUUUACAAAGCUGUUGUUUGGCUUCCACUACCUUUCUCUAAGAUACUCUCUCCUGAGAAGAUUUUUCUUUUUUCCUUUUUUUUUUUUUUAUUUACGAAAAAGACGAUGGGAUUCUCUGGGGUUCGAUUGGUUGUGAUUUUUGCUUUGAUGGCGUUGUGUACGGCACAGGCGCCAGCACCGGCACAUGAUUCCCCAAAGCCUAUGCCUCCGACACCAGCCACGCCGGCGCCUUCUCCGGUUGCAUUCCCUCCAUCUCCGUCUCGGUCGCCAAUCAGAGCACCAUCACCAUCACCGACCUCGGCGUCGCCCUCACCUGCUACAGAGGCUCCAUCACCGGCACCGUCGGCACAUGCUCCUGCUCCAGAGACUAAAGCGCCUACCCCAUCUCCGGCGACUAGUGCACCCACUCCAGCUCCCAGCUCCCGACCUAUUCCUUCGGGGUCUCCCGCCGGUGCUCCUGUAGUUCCUCCAAUCGCUUCUCCUCCUUCACCCAGUACAGACGGGCCUUCACCGAUGCCCGAAGCACCGGCGGCCGAUAGCCCAGCUGGAGCGGCGUCGCACAUCGGCGGAGCGACGACGUUGGGGAUCGCUAUUGCUGGAACUCUGUUGGCAAUGGUUGUAGCGUAGAUUGUAUCAAGUUUAUGCAAAACUGUGCUUCACACUAUUGAGGACAUAUUCUAUUUAUAUUGGCAAAA